CCCCUCAAGGCUCCCGACAAGGACGCGGACGCUCAAGCCCGGGCGCGCGAGCAGACGCUCCUACGCGCGGCCGAGGAGCCGGGAGGGAAGCGGCGCGCGCUCCACGCGCCCACCGCGCUGGGCGAGGCGCUUCGCCGGGCGGAGAAAAGAGGGAGGGAGGGGAGGGAAGGGGGGCGAGGGAGGGAGGAGAGGAGGAGGUGGAGGACCAGGAGGCUGCACUGGACGCUGUGGCGUCGGCGAUAAAGAUUCCGGGCCGAGGGCCGAGCGCACCAGCACCUCUCUAUACACAAGACAGUGGAUAUAAAAAUAUACACGGUCGGACCCAGGGCAGAAGAGCAUCCGUCAAAAACAUGAUGCCCUUGGAUGGCCAAACUGAAGAGCACUCGAGGGCACCCUUCCCUGGAUGUGUACAAGACAUCCAGCAGGCACGAAGAACAUUGGGGCAUCCGCCCCGAGUCGACCUCGAUCUUCUACCUCGGUCCGACCGCACAUGGCAGGGAGAUGCAAAAGGGUCGACUCAACCUGCUGCCCACCCCUGGGCAAGCGCGACCAACGGCAAUGACAAAUACUGAUUGGAAUAGGUCAGGCCGGCAGAAUUUCAGGGAAGCGAGCCAAGCGACGCCGAAGACUGGCGGACGGGGCGCUCCGGCGGCGGACUUGCCCGCGCGCGCGCCAGCCGAACUCGGGCUGCGGGUUCGCGCGCGCGCCGGCGUCUGUCGCGGGCCAGCGGGGCCGCGUCGUGUCUCUCGGCGGGAGGGGGGCCGACCCCCUCCGAGAAACACCCGCAUCUUCCCAGAAGGCCGCGCCCACUCCCCACGCCCGCCCUGCGCG